ACAGAGGGUAGUACUGCAGCAAAACUAGGUUGGGAUCAUCUGACCAGUCCCAGAAUGGCUGCGCUCUUUCAUAUGGAUCGCGUGCUUUACCAAUGUGGUUGCGAUGACUGGUGGCCUCUAUGCAAUCUAUACUUCUGCCGCCACUGCUCUGCUCUCAGGUGUAUUUCCUGCAGUCUAAAUGAAAUCGAUUCUACUUUCUGCCCUAAUUGUUUGGAAAACAUACCUGCCGGAGAAGCUCGAGUGAAAAGGAACCGAUGCGUCAAUUGCAAUCAAUGUCCAGUUUGCUCAAUGGUCCUCACCACAAGAGCCGUUGGAGAAACAUGUCAUCUAAUGUGUUCCACAUGUAGAUGGUCAACACGAGACUCUGAUACACCAGAUCAACCAUCCAGCAUCAAUUGGCCUGUCCAUGAAACCACUCUGGAUAGCGAGUUAAGUGAGGCUUUGGAGAGAAUGCGUGUUCUCGCAGCUGCAGAGAAGGCUCAGAGAGAUCAAGUAAAACUGAACAAAAGGCGUUCGCAUAACGUGGGCAGUCUCUUGACAGACCGAUAUGGUUUACAAGCGAUCUAUCAGAAACGUAAGAAAACAUUUGAGAAACCUGUAUCUCAUACUCCCUUACAUCCUCCUACAGAAGAGGUUCCGGAACUGAAUUUGGAUGAUUAUCUUGAAGAAGCUGCUGAAGUGAUCCCUCCCUCUCUGGAGUCUCGCCUGCGACAACCUCUCGCAUGUAGUCGCCCCCUUCGUCCUGUCAGAAUGCCUCUGAAGGCCAGGAGAGCUGUCAGAUGUAAACAUUGCGAUCACAAUCUUGUUAAACUUGAAUAUGGCACUUCCACUAUCCGUUACAAAAUUCAGUACUUUGCGCGUAAUUUCGUCCCAGAGAUCAGAUUGUCAAGGGAAGUGCAGUUGGGCGAGGGCGAGACUGGAUCGGUUUUCUUAACAGUGGCAAACGAAAGCAACUCCAAGGCAGACGUUAUCUUAAUGGCCGACAACCAAGAUGAUACAGUCGAAUGCCUCACCCCUGUCGUUGAAAUUAGUCUUCCAUCAGCGGACGAAACUGCAGACAUCUAUGACAUUGAUAGCGACAAACGCAGCUUUGAUUCAGCUGGUGCAAUAGUAUUUCGUAGAAGACAUCGUGCCGGAAUCCGAGUGGAGGUCAAGAAUAAUGAUGCCAAACCAAAGAAAUAUCUAUCUCUGCUAGUCAAAUAUAGGAACGAGCAAUGUUCCAUGAAUGUUAAUGUUGAGCCUGAGUGGAGACUGGCUCGUGUAAGAGUCGCACUCAUGCAUGCUUGAAUUGUUUCAUAUACUCGCUAAUAAAGGCCUUGCUUUCUCGCUCCUG